GUGUACUUUAUUGUCGGCUUCCAAAGAUUACUAACUUUUAUCUUUAUCACUAAAAUUGAACUGCCUUGGCUAUACUGCUACUCUUACUGCUGCUUCCAUUAUUGCCUUCUUCUGCAAAAUAGGCUUUCAGAAGCCAAAGAAUAACAAGACAUAAGCACCAUUUUAGAAGCCUUUCCACUAUGAAACUUAAGCUAAAUGUGCUCACCAUUGUUUUGCUACCUGUCCACUUGUUAAUAACAAUAUACAGUGCCCUUAUAUUUAUUCCAUGGUAUUUUCUUACCAAUGCUAAGAAGAAAAACGCUAUGGCAAAGAGAAUAAAAGCUAAGCCCACUUCAGACAAACCUGGAAGUCCAUAUCGCUCUGUCACGCACUUCGACUCACUAGCUGUCAUAGACAUCCCUGGAGCAGACACUCUGGAUAAAUUAUUUUUCCAUGCUGUAUCCAAGUUUGGAAAGAAGGACAGCCUUGGGACCAGGGAAAUCCUAAGUGAAGAAAAUGAAAUGCAGCCAAAUGGAAAGGUUUUUAAGAAGUUAAUUCUUGGGAAUUACAAAUGGAUGAACUAUCUUGAAGUGAACUGUCGAGUGAAUAACUUUGGUAGUGGACUUACUGCAUUGGGACUAAAACCAAAGAACACCAUUGCCAUUUUCUGUGAGACCAGGGCUGAAUGGAUGAUAGCAGCACAGACAUGCUUUAAGUACAACUUUCCUCUUGUGACUUUAUAUGCCACACUUGGCAAAGAAGCAGUAGUUCAUGGGCUAAAUGAAUCUGAGGCUUCCUAUCUGAUUACUAGUGUUGAACUUCUCGAAAGCAAACUUAAGACUGCAUUGGUAGAAAUCAGUUGUGUUAAACACAUUAUUUACGUGGAUAAUAAGACUAUCAAUAAAGCAGAGUACCCUGAAGGAUUCGAGAUUCAUAGUAUGCAGUCAGUAGAAGAGCUGGGAUCUAAGCCAGAAAACUUGAAUGUUCCACCAAAUAGACCGACUCCUUCAGACAUGGCCAUUGUCAUGUAUACCAGCGGUUCCACUGGCCGACCUAAGGGAGUAAUGAUGCAUCAUAGCAAUUUGAUAGCUGGAAUGACAGGCCAGUGUGAAAGAAUACCUGGAUUGGGACCAAAGGACACAUAUAUUGGCUACUUGCCUUUGGCUCAUGUGCUAGAAUUGACAGCAGAGAUAUCUUGUUUUACCUAUGGCUGUAGGAUUGGAUAUUCUUCUCCACUGACACUGUCUGACCAGUCCAGCAAAAUUAAAAAAGGAAGCAAAGGAGACUGUACUGUACUGAAACCUACACUUAUGGCUGCUGUUCCGGAAAUCAUGGAUAGAAUUUAUAAAAAUGUUAUGAGCAAAGUCCAAGAAAUGAAUUAUAUUCAGAAAACUCUGUUCAAGAUAGGGUAUGAUUACAAAUUGGAACAGAUCAAAAAGGGAUAUGAUGCACCUCUUUGCAAUCUGUUACUGUUUAAAAAGGUGAAGGCUCUGCUGGGAGGGAAUGUCCGUAUGAUGCUGUCUGGUGGAGCCCCACUGUCCCCUCAGACACACCGAUUCAUGAAUGUCUGCUUCUGCUGCCCAGUUGGCCAGGGUUAUGGUCUGACAGAAUCAUGUGGUGCUGGGACAGUUACUGAAGUUACUGACUUUACUACUGGCAGAGUUGGAGCCCCUCUUAUCUGCUGUGAAAUUAAGCUAAAAGAUUGGCAGGAAGGUGGUUAUACAAUUCAUGAUAAGCCAAACCCCAGAGGUGAAAUCGUAAUUGGUGGACAGAAUAUCUCUAUGGGUUAUUUUAAAAAUGAAGAGUAAACAGCAGAGGAUUAUUCUGUGGAUGAAAAUGGACAAAGGUGGUUUUGUACUGGUGAUAUUGGAGAAUUCCAUCCCGAUGGAUGUUUACAGAUUAUAGAUCGCAAGAAAGAUCUGGUAAAGUUACAAGCAGGAGAAUAUGUUUCUCUUGGGAAAGUAGAAGCUGCACUGAAGAACUGUCCACUUAUUGACAACAUCUGUGCUUUUGCCAAAAGUGACCAAUCAUAUGUGAUCAGUUUUGUGGUUCCUAAUCAGAAAAGGUUGACACUUUUGGCGCAACAGAAAGGGGUAGAAGGAUCUUGGGUUGAUAUUUGCAAUAACCCUGCCAUGGAAGCUGAAAUACUGAAAGAAAUUCGAGAAGCUGCAAAUGCCAUGAAAUUGGAGAGAUUUGAAAUUCCAAUCAAGGUUCGCUUAAGCCCAGAGCCAUGGACCCCUGAAACUGGCUUGGUAACUGAUGCCUUCAAACUGAAAAGGAAGGAACUGAAGAACCAUUACCUCAAAGAUAUCGAACGAAUGUAUGGAGGCAAAUAAAACGUCGCCCUCUCAUUUCCAGUUGCACAGGAGGUGGCCUGGUGGCUUAUCAGUUCCAGAAUUUUCAGCCUUUUUGAGCUGUCCUUUAGAAUGUAAAGUUUAUCAUUCUAAAGGCAUGGUAAUUAAACAAAAAAAGACAACCAAAACUGUUAAAAUAGUUGUUGAGUCUACUUUAACUUAGUUUUGCAUAGUUCUAGUGAAGCUGAAUUGAAAUGUUACUUCAUUUAGCUGUGUUAUUAAUUUUAGAGCAGAAAUUCUGUUUUUAAAAAUUAGCCUAAGAUAUAGCUGUUUUUGUAAAGAAAAAUAUUCAAUGUUGAACAAAAUAAAUUGGAGUUGGAGUAGAAUGUAGUUUGAGAAAAUUCGCAGCUUCCAAUAUCUAUUGUCUUCCUAGUUCAGAAGAAGCUUAAAUAUUAAGCAUGACAAAAAAAUACAGUAACACUACUCAAAGCAGGAGUGCUGCCAGGCUUUAAAAUUUUCUUCCAGCCAUUUAUCUUGAAGGAAAAAUUCAAUCAUAAUAUAAUUUACAGAAUCAAAUAAUACCUUAGAAGGUAUUAUUUUACAUGAUAAUUGUGGCAUAGGUUAGGCAUAGAAUCAUUGUAAUGUUGUGAAUAAUUACAGUGCCUAAAGUAAGAAUAAAACAACAUAUACACACCAAAAAGUAUCUAGUGAUAUAUUAAAAUGAAAAUUGAGCUACUCCUUUGAAACGUUGAAAUCUAAAAUCAGUAACCAUAAUUAAUUUGAAUGAUUUAUGAGAAAAGUACAUUUUUUAAAAUGCUAAAAAUUGCCUUUCUGUGUUUAUUCAAAAUGAGGAACUAAGACCAAGUGUUAAAUGAUAGAAAGUUUAUGAAAAUUUAACAGGAAACCUCUUCUCUACUAGAAAAGGUAAUGACAUAUAAGUAUUUGGAAUUACUACAGCACUUGUACAGCCCUGAACCUAGGAAAUAAAUUUAGAUUCUGCAUUUAUCUUUGAUAACAGGGAUUGAUUUUAAGAUAUACUUGUAUUAAAUUACAUUUGUAAUUUAAGUCUGUUUGCUGUUGCUGAUUUGAAUCUCGAUCAGUAGUUUGCAUUUCAGAAAGCCUUUCAUUUUGCUUUAAUUUUAGGAAAGCGGGUUAUGAUGAAUGACUUUCCCACUAUCUUGUCUGAACCUACGGGUGAUUGAUUAACUUGGAUGAGUUUGGGGAAGUUAAAAGGAAGAAAACACUGUUACUACUUUUUUCCUGUUUGUGAAGAGUUUAGAAACUGGAAAUGCUAGAUUUGGGAGAAUGGCAGAGUUACUUGAUAGCAGACUGAGAUUUGUGCAAU